AUGAAUAAAUUUGAUAAAUCUCUCACGAAAAAAUUAAAACCAUAUCACACAUCAUCCUCACACUCACCCUCACCAGCAUCAUGUGGAAUUACCGAUCCAGUGAAUCUUACAAGACGUAAUGAACGAGAAAGAAAUCGUGUGAAAUUAUUAAACAUGGGAUUCCAUCGUCUACGAGCUGUGGUCCCAUGUCGUUCAG